CUGCAAGGUCUGGUACCAUUGUUAUAGCAUCAAGGCCACGGUUUGCUUGGGAGUCCUCUUGGCUUUUUGCUGUGUGUACGUGGUGAGCUCAGUGAGGAGAAGAAAGUCGAGGUGUGGUUUAUGCCCUGAUGACACAAGGGAAGGCAUUUCUGCUUAAAACCCAAGUGGAAUUUAGUUGUGCACCCCGUGAGGACAGUGAAGCUGUUUGCGUAGGAGCCUUUCCCGUGGAGACCAUGGCGAGCCCUGCCAAGGACAACUAUGGAAUGAAGAGUUACAAGAACAAAGCCCUAAAGCCCGAGGAAAUGCGCCGCAGAAGAGAAGAGGAAGGAAUUCAACUGCGCAAAGAGAGACGAGAGCAACAGCUCUUUAAAAGAAGAAAUGUGCAGUUGAUCAGUGAAGAUGCCUCCAUGUUCGAUAGUCUCCUUGUGGAUCCCUACGUCAGUUCCACCACACGUGGGGAGGGAGUGAUCACAAGAGAGAUGGUAGAGAUGCUUUUCUCAGAUGACCCCGACCUACAGCUAGCAACCACUCAGAAAUUCAGGAAGUGACUCUCCAAAGAGCCGAAUCGUCCAAUAGAUGAAGUGAUAAACACUCAAGGAGUGGUGGACAGAUUUGUGGAAUUCCUGAAGAGGAGUGAGAACUGCACGCUACAGUUCGAAGCGGCGUGGGCACUGACGAAUAUUGCAUCAGGAACUUGCCAACAAACAAAAAUAGUAAUUGAAGCUGGGGCAGUUCCUAUAUUCAUAGAGCUGCUAAACUCUGACUUUGAGGAUGCUCAAGAAGAGGCUGUCUGGGCAUUGGGGAACAUUGCUGGAGACAGCUCUCUGUGUAGAGAUUAUGUCCUUAACUGCGCUAUUCUUCCUCCCUUAUUAAUGCUCCUUACGAAGUCCACCAGGUUGACAAUGAGACGAAAUGCUGUCUGGGCCUUGUCAAACUUGUGCAGAGGAAAGAGUCCACCACCUGAAUUUAAUAAGGUGUCUCCCUGCCUGCCAGUGUUCCGGUUGUUGUUCAGCAGUGACUCUGACCUGUUGGCAGAUGCCUGCUGGGCUCUUUCCUACCUAUCAGAUGCUCCCAAUGAGAAAAUCCAAGCAGUUACUGACUCGGGAGUGUGUCGGCGACUGGUGGAGCUCUUAAUGCACAACGACUACAAAGUGGCCUCUCCAGCUCUGCGAGCAGUGGGUAACAUCGUGACAGGGGAUGACAUCCAGACCCAGGUGAUUCUGAACUGCUCAGCCCUGCCUUGUCACCUUCACUUAUUAAGUAGUUCCAAGGAAUCAAUCAGGGAAGAAGCCUGCUGGACUAUAUCCAACAUCACAGCAGGAAACAGAGCGCAGAUACAGGCAGUCAUAGGUGCAAACAUCUUCCCAGUCCUGAUAGAGAUCUUGCAGAAAGCAGAAUUCCGCACGAGGAAGGAGGCAGCGUGGGCUAUCACCAACGUGACGUCAGGAGGAACCCCUGAGCAGAUCAGAUACUUGGUAAACUUGGGUUGUAUCAAGCCUCUUUGUGACCUGCUGACUGUCAUGGGCUCCAAGAUUGUGCAGGUGGCCUUGAACGGACUGGAGAACAUCCUGAGGCUUGGAGAGCAGGAAGCCAACCAGAGUGGGACAGGCAUCAACCCGUACUGCAGUCUGAUUGAGGAGGCCUAUGGUUUGGAUAAGAGAGAGUUCCUCCAGAGCCAUGAGAACCAAGAGAUCUAGCAGAAGGCCUCUGACCUGAUUGAGCACUACUUUGGAGUAGAGGAUGACUCUGCUUUGGCUCCCCAGGUAGAUGAGGGGUGA